AUGGCGUCUACCGAAGAACGGCCGUCCAAGCGAGCCCGCCAGGCCUGCGAGCCCUGUCGUCGGAAAAAAUCACGGUGUCCGGGAGAGAAGCCGACUUGCUCCUACUGUGAGCGCCUGGGCCAAAGAUGCGUGUAUGCAGGCGAGACUAUCGAGGAAGGGUCGGAUUUUGCAAAGAACAUGGAAGAUCGCGUUUGUCGCAUAGAGGAUAGACUUGAACAGUUGAUCAAUUACAUCACCAAACAGAAUCACGGAGGGGGUACUGAGCCUCCUGAUAGUCUACAACAUGCGCAAGUGCAUUCACCAAGACACUCAGUGUCAACGCCUAUAUUAAACGCUUCCAUAGAGCUCUCACGAGACACAUCGGCCGUACAACUGUAUCUUACAUUUUGUAAUUCUCAGCCUUUGCCAUUGUUCCCGGAAAGAACUUUUACCACAUCUUUCAUUAACCGAGAUCCCGAGCUUUUACUUGCGAUGGAGGCUCUGGGACUUCGAUUCCGCGGAAAUGGCCUCAAGGAGAGAUUAAUUCAAGAUCAGAUAAGGUUAAACACAGAAAAGGCAUGUCAAAUGGUAAUGGCACGUCUAGCACAUGGCAAUGUAGAAUUAUCAACAAUUCAAACACUUUGUCUUCUCAGCAUGCUAGAAUUCACAUCCGGACAGCUAGUUCGAGCAGGGUUUUAUACAAACAUGGCCAGUUAUUUUAUCCGCAAUAUCCGAAGCGCUAGUGUGGAAUUCUUAAAGAAUCUAGAAACGGAGAAGGAUGAACGAAAGCUAUGCCACGCAAGUAUAAUAAAGUUGAAAAAUAUCCAAGGAUCUUCUCAGCAAUGGCCACUCGGAGGAAAUGGAGACCAGGCUGCUCGUCGAGAGAUUCCUCAUCCCACGUUUGCCUCAUGGAUAUCGAAAAAGGAUGUAAGAAAGGGCGAUAUGGGCGCAAAUGCUGAUAUGAGUAUCGUGGCAGCUACGAUACAUACUAGUGAGCUAUGGUCGCUGGCAGGAAAUUACGCAAUGGAUCAUACUAAGGAUGACACACAUCCCCCUUGGCAUCCACAAUCAGAUUAUACCAUGAUAAAUUAUUGGCACACCGAACAUGAGAGUUGCAUGCCAUUACAAUUCCGCCUUCAUGCCAGCCGUUUUCACGAACACUCCAUGGCAGAUUUGCAAGCAAACCGUGAUUAUUGGGGACCAUGGCUGUUCUUCCAGAUGGCCUGGCAUGCAGUUCCAUGCCUUCUCAACCACCCAUUCCUUCUUUCUAUGCGACUGAGGAACUUUAGGCGGACUAUGCCUCAGUCAUUCCUGCGAAAUUCAUUCGAGCAGCUCACAUUUCACACUGGCUGGAUCAUUCACUUUCUUGAACUGACCGAAGCGAAAAACUUCGAGGUAUCAGAUCCAACUCUCGGUCAUUGUGUCGCGAUUGUCGCGACGAUCUAUCUCCAACACAGCUUUGCCGAUGAUAGAAACUUUAGUAAAAAGGCACAGACUGGAUUUGACAAAUGUCUUCGGUUCUUAAAAAGAAUGGGUCAUCGAUGGCCACAUAUUGAUCGCCAGGCUAAGCAACUAGAACAGCUUCGCGGCAGUAUCUCUCCGGGUGACAUAACAGUAGAAACGAAUAAUUCCUUGAACUCCCGAGGGAAGUGGUCCGUCAAUCUGCAUUUACUUUGGAAAAUCCUCGCAUACUCUCAUGCCAGUAGAUCCUCGAGCUCAUCUGGCGAUAUCUUUGGUCCGAUUCUGGCUAAGGAAAGUUCCAGUAGUCUGAGAAUACCAUUGGCCGGUAUGAUUGCAGAGCAAGAUUUCGCACUUAUUGGAUCCGCCGGAAUUUCGGGACACAAGACUGUGGCGUCGGAAUGUGUCACAUACCCUCCUGAGCAGACGGAGCAUGAUGAGGCCGGUUCUGAAAUGCCUGCAAUAAACCCUACGGACUUGACGGAAGAGCCUAGCCUGGACUUUGCUAGUGAAGAAACGCUGAUUCUGCAGCUACAAGACUAUGACCGGGCAUUUGAAGAUUGGUUGAGCCUGAAUCCAUCCUGA